AAUUAGGCAAAUCAUUCCAAUUGGAGAGAGUCAUAUAAUAACAAAAAGGAAAAGAAAUAUAAUAAGCUCUAUGCCCCUAUCUACCGUAGACUUUCUCCCGUGCUUCUCCUCUCAUCUUUCUAUCUAACGAUUCCGUUCUCUUUCUUUACACUCGACCACCACCACGGCGGCUCAAAUCACCACCUUCAGCACGCGCCACCACUAUGAAGGAUAUGACCUCGCCACUCCCUACAUUAACAGCAGCCUUGACCUUUCCUCGCGCAUAGUGCGCGCCUCCAGCCACCACCAGCCACUGCGCCACUCACACUACCACUUAUUCGCGGUCUCUUACCCGUGUAACCCCAUUUGUUUCUGCUCUCAAGUAUGAAUCUUCAUCACCAUUUGCAUAACCUAUGGACGAAGCGACAGUAGAUCAGAGCAGUAAGGCUAAAGAUGAUCACAACAUUAAAGAAAUCACCGUUUACUUGAGAAUUAAUGAGCAAGGAACCCACAAAUUAUUCUUUUUUAAAUCUUCUGUGCUUAUAGCAAAGAGCGAAUUCUUUGCCAAUAAGCUCUCAUCUCCUAAUGCAAGUUCUUGCAUUGAAAUUCACUGCUCAGUUCUUGACUAUGAUCACUAUGUUCAUCUCUUGAGCCAUCUUCAUCUUCCUAGUAAUUCACUUGUUGACUCGUGGAAAAGUGUAAAUUCGGCCCUUGGUGUACUUAAGGUUGCAGUUUCUCUCCAAUGUGAAGAAAUUGCAAAAGCCUGUGUCGACUACUUAGAAGCUGUUCCUUGGGAAGACAAGGAAGAGGAGGAGAUAAUAAGAAUUGUGCCUCAACUUGGCAAUAUAGCCUCUCCUAUUUUGGCCCGGGUUAAGCCCCUAGAUCCAAAUUUGACCAAAAAUGUUUUUCUUGCUGCUGUUCGGUAUGCUAUGUCUAUCAACCCACCUUGCCCUCCAUUUGGUGAUGAGAUUCGGAUCUCUGCUCAAGAGCAAAUAGAAUACAUGCUAGUGGAAGACGAAGAGACUCCAUUAGUAGCAGCUGAUGAUCAAGUGAAAUCUGAGAUUAAAAACGGUCUUUCUCAAAUGUUUUCUCUGUUUGAAAAGGAACUUUCUUCCCUCCUUUCAUACUCUGACAUUUCCUUGGAAACCUCCGAAAAUAACCUAUUACACAAUCUAGGUGGUCUUGAAUGGUUGUGUAAUUUACUACCAAAGAUUAACCUUAUGGGGGAUUUUGUCUCAAAAUGGGUUGAUCUAUCUAUCUUUAUAAUAAGUGUGAUUGAAAACCCAAAAUUGGAAUCUGUCAUGUGGAGCUUAAAGUUCAAGCUCAUCGAGAUUACUGCAAAAGUCUUGGAUAUUGUUGGCUACGGCAAUGUGAUUUUGCCUCCCGUAUGUAGGGUGCAACUGUUAAAGAUAUGGCUUCCCUACAUUCAAAAGAUGAAGCCUAUCCUAGAUUCCGUUGGUGACAAGACAGGUUUUCCUUUCAGAAUGGAUGAAGACCUUUGUCAAAGCAUCCAAGGAGCCAUUGUUUCACUUAUUGUAGCAUUACCAUCUAAUGAUCAGGCUGAUAUACUGGCUAAUUGGAUGGAAUCCAAACAGUUAGAGUAUCCAGACUUAACUGAGGCUUUCGAGAUAUGGUGUUACCGAACAAAGUCUUCAAACAGAAGACUAGCAGAGGGGUUGGAUGGACUUAGCAAUGGCUCGUUUAGUUCGAAUUCAUCGUCCUGAUUUGGCGCGGUCGGAAGUUGUAAAACAGUGAGCUGAAGCACGGUGCUUUAACCUAAUUUUACCUUUCUUUGUACUUACCCUUAAAUUUUUUAGGGCUUAAGCAAAUGAUAAUCAGUUAAUCACUGUGUAAUGUUAUUUGAUGUUAUCACAUUAUUUAGACUUGCGUUUUUGUUCAAUUUUUUUUUUUUGAAAAAUUAUCUUGAAUAAUAUAAAUUUUUGUUGA